AUGUCCGGCGCGCCAUGGCAUUCGCAUGACAAGGGGAGAAGUGCCACGGCGCGGGGAACAAACAGCGGCGGAAAUACUGCACUCGCUCUGCACGGAGAUGCUCCUCGCACGGGCUUCUUUCUCAACGCAGGGCAGUUCCUAGCCAAGCCAGGCGUGUCCCCCCCAGACUGGGUGCGUCGCCUCGCCCCUCUCCACGACAGUGCGCCCACCGACUCCUUCCCUCUCGUCGGGCACACCGUCGAGGCUGAGCUGGCACGUGCUGACGUGGCAGGGAGUGACGUGGCAAGUGCUGCUGACGUGGCACGGGUGCGGCUGGAAGACGUGUUUGCGGAGUUUGAGGAGGAGCCGGUUGGGUCUGCGUCCAUUGCCCAGGUCGGUGGGGUAGGAUGGAAGGGGAGAGCGAGGCUCUCAAACGAAGAAAACGGGUAG